AUGGCUGUUUCCAAAUCUCAAGCUCUUGGGAUUGCCUUGCUCGCAUUCUUCGUCACUGUGGCAGUUUCAUCCGAUCCAGAUCCACUCCAGGACUUUUGCAUUGGAGACCUCACCGCUGUCCCAGGCGUCAAUGGGUUCCCAUGCACGAACUCCUCGACAGUCACGGUGGACGAUUUCAUCUACAGCGGCAUCGUCAAUUCUUCCAACACCACGAACAUCAAUCGCUCCGGCGCCAUCUUUGGGACAGUGCUGAGGUUCCCUGGUCUCAACACUUUGGGUCUCUCCAUCGCCAGGCUCGACUUCCUCCCCGAAGGAAUCAUCCCCCCACACACCCAUCCCAGAGCCUCGGAGAUGGUCUACGUAGAAGAGGGCAGCGUCUACGCCGCCAUCGUCACCGCGGACAAUCGCUUGUUUGCUCGUGUCAUGAACAGGGGCGAAGUCAUGGUGAUUCCUCGCGGAUUGAUCCACUGGCAGAUGAAUGUUGGGACUGGCAACGCGAAGAUCAUUGCCACUCUCAACUCCCAGCUGCCUGGAAUCCAGUUCAUCGCGAGAUCCAUGUUUGGUUCCCGUCCAGAGGUCCCAGACGAGGUGCUCGAGAAGACCUUCUUCUUGGACGAGGCCGCUAUCAAUCAAGUCCGAUCCAACUUUGUUUGA